AUGAUAUCUAAAGAAGUGGGUGAAUCUAUUCCGUCAAAUACGAGGCAUGCUAUAUCGGUCUGUUUACCAACAUGGGAAGCUACAGUGGGAUAUGAGGAAGGGGAUAUAGAGGUGGUGGGGAAAAUGCAGACUGGUUAUCCAAGAUUUUUUUUACACAAGAGUAUACAGAACCUUAGUUCUGUUCUUGUGGGGAAGUAUGCUAAGGAUGGUGAGACAUGUAUGAUUUUUCCCUCAUACAAUGUUGCUAAACGGUGUAGGGAGUUUAUGAAAGUUAAGGUUAUAAGGGCCGGUAAUGCUGUGGUCCCUAGAUUUCGAAUCUUGCAGUUGGCGACCUCUAAACCUAUGAAUGAAGAGGAGAGUGCAUGGAAAGGUCAAUGUAAUAUUGCUGUUUUAUUCUUUCCCAAGGAUCAUGUGGCGCUGGCUAAGAAGUAUUGGCAACAUACGGGUGAGAUUAUUUCUAGUAGGAUGGCUGAAUAUGUUCUAUGCGAGUUAUUGGAACGGAAAAGGUCAGAAAGCAUGAACUGUACCUCAACUUCUAGGGUCAAUAGUAAUGUUGGUAGUGCUGACGUGGAAGAGAUUAUGUGUGAUGAAGAAGGGUUUAUUGAACAAAGGUAUGGAAGGAAUUUGGAUUUUUCAUUUGCCGACCAUGCAAAGCUUUUGAUUAAGAAACGUAUUGCAAAACAAUUGGCUGACUCAUCUGAUGAACCUGACACUGGUGACCGGAUUGAAGAGACCCGGGUGUUACAGGCUGUUGAUAUGCAACAGACUGGCUCUUCUAAUGUAUUAAAUGACUCUCCUAAUCUCAACACAUCAGUGCCAUUGGAUAACACUGAUGAUUUAGUUUCUACUUCCACAGUACCUCCAGAGCCCAUUGAACAAGGAGAAUUUGACCAUAUAAAUAUAUCUGAUUCUAAUGUGGAUGUUACACGUUCGCAAACUAUAGACCCUGAAACUGAUGUAUACUUAUUCCCUAGUGGGAUGGCAGCGAUUUUCACCGCACAUCGUCUACUUCUCCAAUUAGAUUCAAAUCGUGUUAAUCGUACGAAACAGGAUGAUUUGAAUAACAAUAGAAAUGGCUAUUCAUCGCCGCAUUCCCUAAAUACAACAUUAGUUGGCUACGGUCCUCCCUAUAAGAAGACAGUCAUGUUUGGAUUCCCUUAUACUGAUACUCUUAGUAUAUUAAGGGAUUUUAACCACACUCAUUUUUUGGGUAUGGGUGAUAGUGAGGCUAUGGAACAACUAAAGGCUAUUUUACAUGGAGGUGAACCAAUAUUGGCAGUCUUUAUAGAAACUCCUUCCAAUCCUUUGUUGAAAAUGGGAGAUCUACUGGAAUUAAGAAAAUUGGCAGAUGCUUACGAUUUUUACGUGAUUAUUGACGACACCAUUGGUGGGUUUAUUAACGUUGACGUACUGCAAUAUGCAGACAUUGUCUGUAGUUCCCUCACCAAAAUAUUUAGUGGUGACUCAAAUGUCAUGGCUGGGUCAUUGGUAUUAAACCCCAGUUCCAGGCUGUACAAGCUUGCCAGGCGUUUCUUCGCUAGCGACGACUAUGAAGAUCUCCUCUGGUGCGAAGAUUCCAUAUACUUAGAACGUAACUCUAGGGACUGUGUUAGCCGUAGCAUGAAGAUCAACGAAAACGCCGAGCGGCUGCUCAAAGGUACCCUAUUGCCCUUAGAAGGAACCCUGUUCAAAAAGAUAUACUAUCCAAGCCUAACUUCCAGUGAAACGAAAGCAAACUAUGAUGCAGUUAAAUGCCAGCCCAACGGUGGAUACGGUGGACUGUUUUCUUUGACUUUUUUUGAUGACGAAUGUGCUAAGGCCUUCUUUAAUUCUCUUGAUCUCUGCAAGGGUCCUUCGCUGGGUACGAACUUCACUUUGGCUUGCCCUUACACUAUUCUCGCUCACUAUGGAGAGAUGGACGUGGUGGCCAAGUAUGGCCUUGAAAAGAACCUCGUUAGAGUUUCAAUUGGUUUAGAAGAUUUUGGGUAUCUUGAGACCGUGUUUUCAAAAGCUGCGCAAAACGCUCUACAGAUAUCAGCAAAAUAG